CAAGCUUUCUCCAACCGGUGGGCAUUCCACUGCUACCAUAUCUGUGUGCGUGCAUUACCGCUUUCCGCCUCUUCUCAAAUCCUUCUUUCCCGCACAAUCUUCGCCGGUACGGUGAUCUCAGAAAAUGUGCGGCGGUUCCGUCAUCUCCGAUCUAAUCCCCUUCACCUCCGGCCAGAAUCUUUCCCGCCGGAACCCCACGCCUCCCGAAAACCCCAAAUCCGCCGAUUCCAAGGACUCCAAUCCCGCACUCUCCUUAGAUGAGACGAAGAAGAAGGUUCGAAAGAACAUUUACCGCGGGAUUCGGCGUCGCCCGUGGGGAAAAUGGGCGGCGGAGAUCCGCGAUCCGAGAAAGGGUGUUAGGGUUUGGCUCGGAACUUUCAGUACGCCUGAGGACGCUGCCCGAGCUUACGAUGUCGCCGCGCGCGAGAUCCGCGGUAGCAAAGCGAAGCUCAACUUCCCCGAUGAAGUUCCCGGCGGCGAUGUCCCAAAGAAGCGGCGAGUCACGCCGGAAAGCGGGUGCGGGUCGCCGGCUACUACGGAGGUGUUGAAGGAGCGGAUUUCGAGCUUGGAAACGUUUUUGGGGCUGGAGCAUGAGGUAGGGCAGGUGCAGGAGGCCGGCGA